AUGCCUGCGGCAAGUUCGUCUUCAAACAAAAAACCACCGUCAAUGCGGGCGUUGACGGCAAGGUUGAAGGAAAUACAACUAUCCUUCAGCGAUAUUUGGCGGUUUGUACAAUCUUUCAAGGAGUCUAACACGGUUACUGAUAUCGAAGUACGCCUUGGUAAGUUGGAAGAAUUGUGGGAAAGCUUCAGUGAUACCUUUGUUGAAAUCCUAUCCCACGAUGACUACAACGCCGAAGGGUCGGCGUACGAGAAGGAGCGAAUGGAAUUCAGUGACAACUAUUACGAGGUCAAGACCUUCUUAAUGGACAAGGUCAAGGAGCUUCAGGAACCCCAGGUUUUGGAGCAGUCUCUUCGAGCAGGUGAUGGUUUGCCGCAUGGGACCUCAGACCACGUCCGCCUUCCACAAAUUAAACUUCAAACAUUCAAUGGUGACGUGGACGAAUGGUUGAGCUUCCGGGACUUGUUCACUUCGCUUAUACACUGGAAGGUGGACCUACCAGAGGUGGAGAAGUUCCACUAUUUGAAGGGGUGUCUUCAAGGGGAGCCUAAAAGCUUGAUCGACCCACUCCAAAUCACCAAAGCCAAUUAUCAGGUGGCAUGGGAAAUGCUGUUGAGGCGAUACAACAACAGCAAGCAAUUGAAGAAGCGGCAGGUGCAGUCGCUCUUUAAUCUACCUACACUCUCCAAGGAAUCAGUCACAGAUCUUCACGUUCUCGUUGAAGGCUUCGAAAGAAUCGUGCAGACUCUCGAUCAGGUGAUUCAACCGGCGGAUUAUAAGGACUUGCUGUUGGUCAACAUUCUCACUGCUAGACUGGAUCCGGUCACUCGACGGGGGUGGGAAGAGGUCUCCGCUUCAAGGGAGAAUGAUACGCUGGUAGAUUUGUCGGAUUUUCUGCGGCGUAGAAUCCAGGUUUUGGAUUGCUUACCGUCAAGAGCGGUUGACACUAGGGGUGUUCAACAGGCAGCGCAACAACUGAAGCCGAAACAGCAACCAGUGAGGACCAGCUAUAGUUCGACCCAAGCGUCUGGGGGGCACUGUGUAUCCUGUUCAGCGGAUCACCUAUUGUACCAGUGUAGCGCUUUUCAAAAGAUGGCCGUAACGGACAGAGAUGCACUGUUGAAGGUUCAUGCGCUCUGUCGGAAUUGCUUCAGGGCAGGACACCAGGCAAGGGAUUGCCAAUCUAAAUUCUCUUGUCGAAAUUGUAAGGGUCGUCACCACACACUGGUCUGCUUUAAGUCGGAGAGAAAUAAGGAUUCUAAGGUUACAGCAGCUGCUGCGAGCAGUAAACCACCAAUUUCCAAGGAACCAACAACCUCUACUUCAACCCAAGUGGCUAAUGUGGCUGCAACUGAUGUCCUGGUGUCUGGUGCGACUCACCAGUAUUCUUCUAAGGUGUUACUGGCUACAGCAGUUGUUUUGAUUGAGGACGAGGAAGGUAAUCGACUUCCCGCUCGGGCCCUUCUGGAUUCGGGCUCGGAAAGCAACUUCAUUACGGAGCGGUUAAGUCAACGGUUAAAGAUAUUUCGUGAUCGCGUGGAUAUAUCAGUCCUCGGAAUUGGACAAACUGGAACCAAGGUUAAGCACAGGUUACGUGCGGUGAUCCGGUCACGUAUAUCUUCAUUUUCUCGAGAGUUGGGUUUAUUAGUUCUACCCAAGGCUACGGUCAACCUUCCAACCUCUACUCUCAACACGGAUAGAUGGAUAAUACCGGAUGGGAUUCAACUUGCAGAUCCUGCAUUUUUCGAGUCUAGCGCAGUGGACCUCGUGCUCGGCAUCGAAUCCUUCUUCGACCUUUUUGAAACCGGUCGAAGAAUUUCCAUUGGGGAAGGCCUACCGACUCUCAACGAGUCCGUGUUCGGAUGGGUUAUAUGCGGCGGCGUUUCGGUUUCAACCCAAGCCCUACACAUUAAUUGCAACGUAUCUACAUUGGAUGGGCUUGAUGAGUUGAUGUAUCGCUUUUGGUCUUGUGAGGAGGUAGAGUCUGGUAAGGCUCACUCACUGGAGGAGAAACGCUGCGAGGAGCUUUUUCUACGUACGGUUCAAAGAAAUCCAGACGGUCGGUACACCGUCGCUUUACCCAAGAAUGAAGACGUACUUUCACGGUUGGGCGAGUCAAGGGACAUCGCAAUCCGACGGCUUCAGGGAACAGAACGUAGGCUGGCAAGAGACUCAUCACUACGGGAUCAGUACGCUGCCUUCAUGGAGGAAUACCUAGCGCUGGGGCACAUGAGUAAGGUCGACAAUGUUUCUGCAGGAUCAGUCAAACGGUGCUAUCUACCGCACCACCCGGUGGUCAAGGAAUCGAGCACUACCACCAAGGUUCGCGUGGUCUUCGAUGCUUCUUGUAAGACCUCUUCGGGAGUAUCGCUCAACGAUGUGUUGCUGGUUGGGCCAGUGAUACAGGAGGAUCUACGAUCAAUAAUCUUACGAAGUCGGACCAAACAGAUCAUGCUCGUGUCCGACGUGGAGAAAAUGUUCCGGCAGAUCAACGUAAGCCCACAAGAUCGACCAUUGCAGUGUAUUCUUUGGCGUGCCACGCUAACAGAUAAAAUUGAUAUUUACGAGGUGAAUACAGUUACGAAUGGUACCAAAUCAGCACCGUUUUUGGAUACCAGGACGAUUCAACAGCUGGCUUUGGAUGAGGAGAACCACUUUCCACUUGCUGCAAGGGCGCUCAUCGACGACACGUAUAUGUACGAUGUGAUCACGGGCGCAGAUGAGGUCGAUACAGCACUGAAGCUACAAACGCAGCUGGACACGAUGAUGUCAAGGGGAAAAUUUCGAUUACAAAAGUGUUCAAACUGUUCUUCAGUGCUAGAAGGUAUGUCCGAGGAUGAGCUAGCAAUUCGGACUUCGGAUGGAAUCGAGUUGGACCCAGACCCAACACUUAAACCCUUGGGAUUGACAUGGAUGCCAAUCACGGAUACGUGGAAGUUCCAAUCCACGAUUCCCACCGUGCACACUACAACAUCGCCAACUAAACGCUAUGUGUUGUCCGUGAUUACCACUCUAUUUGACCCUUUGGGGCUUUUGGGAGCUGCUAUUACUUCGGCAAUGAUUUCUAUGCAGCUACUGAGGACGUUACGAAACGAAACCAAUAACAGGGUAGGUUGGGACCAAACACUACCUCCAACGGUGGGUGAGUCCUGGAAAAGAUACCACGAACAAUUUUUGCUUUUCAACCAACUCCGGAUUGAUCGCUACCUGGUCAUGCUGGAACCCUUGAAGAUCGAGAUUCACUACUGCUCGGAUGCCUCGGAGAAGACUUACGACGGUCGCCUGUACACGAGGAGUCAGAAUGCAAAGGGGGAGUUCAGAGUCCGACGGCUAUUCAACAUAGCAAAGGUGGCUUCUCUGAGGUCUCAGAUCAAAUCUAGAAUGAAACUUUGCGACGCACGUCCAGUGGUUCAGCUCUUGGGGAGGGCUGCUUCAUCAACGUUGAUCACAUUAGUCGUAAAUCUGACAGUGGCAAACAAUACAAUUAGGGAGGGCUGCAAGUGGGGACACGCCCCAGGUCUUAUACCUAGAAUAAUUCGUUUGGAAAAUAACAUCUGGCUGCAAUGUCCGUCCUGGAUGACGAGGAGACAAAAUGGAUUGCCUACAAACCCAGAUUCCCGACCGAUUAGCGAGGGAGAGGAAGCGAAACUUUACAUGCACGAACGACAGCGAGUAAAACCACAUAUGGGGAUAUGUGUGGUGAUUGCCAUCGCAGGUAGCAGCGCGAGAUGUACCAGAGACGAUUUCGACGAUCACCACCAGCAACACAUCGACAGAAACCAACAACCGUGCGUGUGA